GCCCAUCCGGGAGCUACACGAUCAACAACGAUACCCUCAAGGUACGGUUUGGCCGUCCGACGACAAGAUGAUUCAACUAAAGAGCAUGCUCAACUGCAUCGACAACUCUGGCGCCGCCAUUGUUGAAUGCGCCAUGGUCAUCGGCCAGAAGAGACACGCCUCGAUCGGCGACCGGAUUGUGGUGGUCGUGCAGAAGCAAAGAGAUGCGGGAGCUGCCGGCAUGGCCGCCGCCUCGGGUGCCAAGGUCAAGCGUGGUGAUAUCAGACAUGCCGUCGUCGUGCGGACGAAGCAAAAGGUCACCCGGAGAGACGGAAGCUGCAUCAAGUUCGACGACAACGCCUGCGUUUUGAUCAACAAGUCUGGCGACCCUAUCGGAUCCCGUAUCAACGGCGUCGUGGGCAUGGAGUUGCGCAAGAAGAAGUGGAGCAGAAUCCUCAGCAUGGCCCCCUCGCAGGCAUAAACUGAGACCAACACCAAUACAAAACGUAAAAUCAAUCAUGGGAGG